AGUCGAUGCUGCAGUUUAGCCGUUGACCGUACUUAGGCCCAUAAGGCCUAAUGAGUAAGAAAGAGAGCGCGGCUAAACUGAAGUGCGAAGGAGAAGUAAAGACCCUGCGUGAGAGAAAGCCAUGACGCUUUCUUCAAGCUUCGCCUCCCCCGAUUUUUCAUUCCUGUGUGUGCGAUCCAAGAGUAAGGACGCUAUUCAAGAGUUCGAUUUUAUAGUUAUAUUUCUGAGUUUUUAAGUUGGAGUUUAGUCUUAAUUGUGUUUCCGUCUUGAUCAUCAUUUACCGAAAUUGUGUCUUAUUCCAUUUGAAAGUUAUUUGAAGUCUCCAGAAACAAAUAAAGGAAUUUUUGAAAUAAUUGAGUCUAAGAAAUUGUUUGAUUUGAGAGUUUUGAUGGUCAACCGUUGGGUCAUCCCCGUCAACAAACACAAAAAGUGAACCCAAGAAGUUGAUGAUUGCUCUAACUAGCGACCGGAGACUUUGUGGUGCUGUCCACACUGAUGACAAAGCCUGCUGACCAUGAAAACACAAAAAUUGUUUGGAGAAAAGUCUCGUACCAUCCUGCAACACCUGUUAGCUAAAAACAUUCUGUUUGUUGCAUCUGAGAUGGGUCGCGAACCCCCUACUUUCAACGAUGCUGCCAAGGUAGCUAUUGAAGUUAUGAACAAUGGGUACACAUAUAGAUCUGGUAAGAUCAUCUACAACAGGUUCAGGUCUGUUGUGUCUUACAAAAUUGACCAACUACCACUUUCGACAAAGGCUCUGUGCAGAGUGACAGCUAUGGACAAUGCCAGUAAGAAUGCUGGAGAGAUGAUUGACAAACUCACUUACCUUCAACCGUACUCGACAAACUCUCAUAACUAGAGAGCUUAUCAAAAUUAUCUCUGGAGCUGUUGCAUUGGAUUAAGAAGUUUCAAAGAAAUUUUAUUAGCAGCUCAUUAUUAGAAUGUCAAAUCUUUUACGCAAAAUAAUGGUGAAGAAAAUGUUCUUGACUGAUUCCUGCAAAGCCUACUCACUCUAUCUCAGAAUUGCACAGCAGUUGUACGGAAUAUUGUACAUUCAGUAACCUAUUUCAGUAAAUUCCAUUUAUAAGUUUUUUUCUUUUGUGUAAGUUGAAGGCAUGGCUUUUAAUAAAUUGAAAUAUACGUUAA